GCUGGGUAACUUGGGAAACAGGGGCCGGGGCUGUUAGUACUUGUGAAGAGCUGCUAGCAGUCAGUAGUAGCAGCAGUGCUUGUGUGUCACCGUGCUGUUCUGUCUAACUUUCUGAGAGCUCACUUUGUCGCAGUCGGUGUAAUGGAACUGGACAAAAUGGACGAGAACGACUGGAAGUAUCACGGAGAGGGAAACAAGAGCCUGGUGGUGUCACACGUACAGCUUUCCAGAGUCCUACGUCUUCUCAAGUAUCCGGCUGAGGACUCUGAAAACCCCCCACAGACGGUGGAGCAGGCUUUCAGGCAGAUUCAGAACAUUGUUGACUUCAGCUCCAACGUGAUGAGCAGCCUGCUGGGAGAUAACUUCAUACACAGCGGGGAAGUAGUCAAACUGCCGCUGGAGUUUGUACGACAGCUGUCCAUCAAGGUUCAACAUCAGAGACCAGCCUGGCGCUGCGAUAAGGUGAUGGACAUCUACAGCGGCUGUGCUCUCUGUCUGCCCAACCUGACGUCUCCGAUCCUCCACCAGCCCACACACACUCCUCCACUCUGCAUCGAGAUCAAGCCUAAAUGUGGCUUCCUGCCGUCCUCCAAACAUGUCAGCAGAGACAUCAAGACCAAAGUGUGUCGCUUCUGCAUGCACCAACACUACAAGGUGGCCAACGGGAAGUGGAAGAGACGCAGUCUGUACUGUCCUCUUGACCUGUUCUCAGGGAACAGACAGAGGAUGCACUUCACCAUCAGACACCUGAUAGAAGAACCUCAGAACAACUUCAAAAUCUUUAAGGGCGGUCAGUGUAUUUACAGCAGUAAGGAGGGCAUUGAUGACUCGAUGGACCUUAGCUCGUUGCUCCAUCACCUCAGACCGUACUUCCUGUACGGAAACAACAGAAUCAACUGUCACAUGAGCAGCAAAGCCAUCUUCAACGACUUCAUCCAGGUUCUAGUGAAUGCCCUGCUGAGCGGUGGAGGAGGUGAUGGAGGAGUGGUGACGGACAGACGAGGAGAGGGGCGGAGCUUCUGUGAAGCAAGUCAUUUUAGCAAGGAGAGGAUUCGCCAUGGCUCUCAGGGUUUACCCAGCGACAGUGUUUUAUUCAGGACCCUUCAGACUCAGAUGUUGGACACGUUGGACAUUGAAGGACUUCACCCUCUGUACCGCAGAGUGGAGCAGCACCUGCAGGAGUUCCCCAAGGAGAGAACUCGACUUCAGAUUGAUGGGCCGUACAACGAGGCGUUCCUGGAGAAGCUGCAGAAAUGUCCGAACGAGGACGACGGCUCUGUGGAGUACGCUGCUGCAAAGGUCCAUCAGUACCGCGUCUCCAUGACGGCCAAGGACUGCUCCAUCAUGGUUGCCCUGGUGCCCAGCGGAGAGGAAGAGGAAGAUGAUGAAGGUCAGACGCAUCUCAGGGACUUCAUCUCCUCUAGAACUCCUGCUUUCUCUUACUCCGUCUCCAUCUUGGAUCUGGACCCGAAGCCUUUCGAGAGCAUCCCCCGCCAGCUGCGCCUGGACCAGAAGAUCGUCUCCUACUACCUGAAGUCUGGAGGUUCAUUACCAAGAGUGUCUCCGUCGCCGCUCCCCGGCAUCUUCAGCGCCGCGGAGAGGGAGGACUGCAUGCUGCUGUUCCAUCCUGUGUGAACAAGCCGAGGACUGAGACGCCAUGCUGAAGCCUCAAACGGAGAGGAGAGACACCAUGACGAUGCAGAGGUCUAGAAUCCCCUUAUAGUAGAGCUGUUCAUCCAAAACUUUACCACAGCACUUUCUCUUCACUCCGCUCAUGCUGACAGUCUUCAGCACAGGCUGAUCAGCAAAAUAAACAUCUCCAGGAAGUCCUUACGUAAUCAUCAGAUUUCAAGCGAUUUCCAGAUUUUUCUGUUACUAAUUUUUGAGUUUUUUUGUCCUCCUGUCGGGAGGUGAAUCCCAACAUCAUGACUGCUCUAUUCUGAUUAAUAUUUAUUAGAAAACUCACUUUGCUCUGCCCUCUGGUGGCACAUUUGGGAUUUGCCUCCUGAUUGGUGUUUAAUGGUCGUACUGACUGAGGCACACAGCGACAGGUUGUUGUGCUGUGAUGUACAAAUGAUGUCAUUUCCUGAAUGUAGGUGGGGCGGGUAAUGCCGGAAAGGAGCUGAUGCCAAGACUUUUGUCCAGGUUGAACUAUGCCGUCUGUAGCAUCACUAUGGAAACAGAAACAUUAGUUACCAUGGCUGCAGAAACAGAGUAGGGGAGUGCCAACAUGGCAGCUCUGUGGGACAACUUUGUGGAUCCAGGGCCCGGUUGUUUAAAAUGUUUUUUUUAAAUCGGAGUAAAGAUAUCUAAUAGGAUCAAAUCUUGAAAAAAAGGUUGUUCAAAAGAAAAAGGCUAAAAAAUCAAGCAGGAUCACAUAAUCUAAUCUCGGUCUUUAACCUGAUAAAAACUCCAGACUAGAGCGCCAGAUUUAGACCAAAUUGUAAUAACUCUUGUUAAUGUUGAGUAGAACAACACAAGGUUUUUACAGUGAUGUUGAUACUUCAAACAUUUUAACCAUGUUUUGAUUUGCUAAAUCCCUACUCUGAUAUCGUAGAUUAGACAAAGGAUGUGAAAAAUAAAGGAUUGUGUCCUCAUCCAAACAGCUGUUAACAUCAAACAAAAUAUUCAAUUAAAAAGAGCUCUGAGGAUUGUUCAGCCUGUGGAUUUUUGCGCCCCCUUCUGGACAAAGUAUGAAGUAUGCAGUCCCAUUUGGUGCACUGAUAAAUCCAGAUGUGGUCACUUCUUAAAGUCUGUAACUGGAAGAUGUUGAUCAAAUUCAGUGUUUCUUCUAAAAACCCUGAACAAAUUAAUAUGAAUUACCUGAUCCUGAAAUAGAUUUACAAAUCCAGAUUAAACCUUUUGAACAACCGGGCCCUGGAUGUUUCAGUUCUCAGAGGUUCUCUUAGAGGUUUUCAGUCCGACUCAUCCCAUUGAACAGCUCGUAAAUGUUUGUGUCACCAGAUUAAAUGUUGAGUCGGUUUGUUUUGUAAACCUCUAUGAAGCAGGAGAACCUCGACCGGAAAAUGAACAGCCAAGUUUUCGUUUUUCUUUUCUCCAGUUCAGCCAUCAGCAUAAAAAGUCAACGUGUUGUCUUUAUCAGGCAAUGUGUGACUACGAUAAACGAUCAAAUAUCAGUUUAUUUUUUGAAGUCAGGGAGGAGAGCUAAAGGUCGUUAAAGGGUCAGUUCACCUGAUGACAUCAUGUUUCUGCCUCUAUUUAAAACAAUAACACUUUAAUGCCCUCAUUAUUAAAAUAUUGUAUUUUAUACGUCAAACAGAAACAUGCCUCUUCAGGAAUCAUAGAUAAUACAGAAAUAAUACUUUUAUAUAUAUUAGUUCAUAUUAUUAUUCUCCUUUAUUAUACUUUGGGUAAACUGACCCUUCAAAACUCUGGCAGCUCUUAAAGGUGUUUCAAUCUUGCUGCCUCUUUUUUUUUUUUUUCCUGGACAUGAACUCAGCCUUUGUGUUUAAAGAGAGCACACAAAUCGGUGUAAGAGUUCUUGAUGUCAAAGCAACAGUGAGUCUGUUUUGUUGGAUAAAAGUGACAAUUCUAGGGUUUGUCUAACAGUCUAACCAGGUGACUCGUAGCUUUGUGAAAGAAUGGUCACAUUACACUUUGUGCUCUAAAUUAAUUCAGCUUUUGACUCCGCGGCCUGCAAACAUUGUUUUGGCAAUGUGUGCUCGCACUUAACAAAUUCACUAAACAGAAGACUAAUGUGGUCGUACCACGGCAGAGCAGGAAGCAGAAAGCAAAGAUUGUCCGACUGGAGCGAGGGGUGCUGGGUAACAGUAAGCAAACCUCCUCAGGAAGGCUGCGCUUUGUGCUGCUGGUCUGCGGCUUCUUUGUGCCAAAAGUGGCUUGUUGUGUGUAGGUGGUGGUGGUGGUGGUGGUGGUGUUGGUGGUAUUGGUGGUGUGUUUGUCCAUGUGCCUAAAUGUUCUGGUAGGACGGAUGGGGAUGGUGUUUUUGUUUGUGUUGAAAAACUUUGUUACAGGCUGCGUUCACAGCAGAGAUUGAAGGUAUCAGAAACUAUUCGGAUGCUGUGGACGUGGCCGUGAACUCUGUACUUCAAACUCCAGAAGACCUGAAGCGCCACUCUGCUCGGUCGUCUGAUGUUUGACAAAACAAUUUGUUCAGGAGCGCUGGGAGGUUUUUUGAAGACGAUGGGAUUAUCUGUAACCAUCAGCAGAUAGAGUUGACUAGACAACUCACAUGUUUGUGUUUGAAUGAUCUCAGGUCUGCGAUUUUAUCUCCCGGGCCCAGUUGUUCAAAAGUCAUCUGAUCAGAUUAAAGCCAUCGGAGUGGAUCAAAUCUUGAUGACAGGAAGGUUUAAAAAAAAAAAAUAAAAAAAAUCAGGUAACCCAGUUGUGGUUUUUAUCCCACAUCUAAAACCUCUAGUUUGAGAAGGAUUGGGAUAACUGAUGUUUAAAAUCUGUAUGAUCUUGAUCCCAGCAGAGGGCCGCAUUCAGGCGGGAGUACAGGAACAAAUUCCCGUUAAACAUUUCAGUAGGUUAAACAAAACAACAUUUUACGACGUUGUUACUUUAGACAUUUUUUAUCGUAUGUUGCUGCUGAAUUUCUAACACGGCAAAGUAGAUGAAGAAGAAAUGGAGGAUUAGCUUUACAAUAUUUCAACAAAUGGCUUUUCUAUUUAAAGAUAACAUAUUUAAAGAAACGGCUCUUUCUUUUUGUGUUGGAUUUGGCGCCCCCUGUGGACAAAAUAUGUAGUGUGGAGUCCCUUUAAAAAGCACUGGUAGUCUGGAUGUGGUCAUCUUUAAAAGUCUGUACCUGGAUCAGGUUAAUCCUAUCGAGUUUCUCUUUGAAACUGUGACGAGUAAAACGGAUUAUCUAAUCCUGGAGAGUGAAAACCUCAGAUUUCCAAAUCCUGAUCGAUCUAAUCCAGAUAAAAACCUUUUGAACAACGGAGCCAUGGUAAUCUCACUGUCCUCAUAAACCAGCAGCGCUCACAGAUAAACUGGUAACACUUGAUUUUAGUUCCUGUUUGCAGCAUCCACUCUCCAGCCUCCACCACCUCCAUCAGCCAAUGAAAUGUCUGAAAAAAAAAACACACUACAAGACUUAAACCUGAGACGACUGAAAACCCCUUUUCACAUCGCUCUAAUCUCAUGUUGGACGAUCAUCCACGUCUGCUGCGUUAUUUAGCAGCAGCGAGUCAACAUGAGCUCAGAGGCGAUGUGGUCUGUGUUUCUGUACGAACACAAACACUAAAACUAAUCACAUUUCAAUUCUUCUGUGAUGGACAAACGAGUUAGAGGGCUAGAGAGUGGACGGCUGUGGACUGAACCAACCACUGAUCGCUCUUACUGUUGAACAUGAAGACGCAAAAGGCGGCAUUGCCAGGGAGCAGAGGCUCAUAGGAGAGUGAGAUAGUCGAAUACUUGACUAUGACUUAAUGUUAUAAACAGCUGACACCUCAUUUAUCAUAGCUGCAACAAUUCUCAUAUUUAAAAUGAAUUUAUUCAUCUUUUAGGGUGACUUUGUUCAAUUUCAGCCUCAGUUUUUAUGUCUGAUAUUUUACAUCACACAGUCAAACCCAUGUUUGUGACCCAGGAUAAAUAACACAGAUUUAUUUAAGAGGUUUAAAGUUACUGGUGGCUGUUUUGGGUUGAUGGUGUGAAGGUUAAAAUGUUAUGUAUGAACACAACCAUGAUUGGUACUUCUGAUUCAAGCAUUCAGAUCUAAAGAGCAACAAUCUGAGCUGAUAACAGUUUGUACUGGUUUAACUAUCAGAUUAACUCUCUGCAGGUGCCGGGUUUGAAAGUCUUUAAAGACAGCCUGUGCACUAAACUAAGAGUUGAAUCAGACCGUACCUGUGUCAUGGCAACUUGAUCUAAAAGAUGAAUGCCUGGUGAUGCCUUUUAAAACCCAGGUGUUCUGCUGCAGGUCUUUUUAUUGUCCGUCUGGAUGAAACAUCUUCUGCCUCAUGUAUGAUUUAGAAAACAUUUUCCCCAAGUAGCAACCUAAUCUCCCAAUCCAACAAAGACGAGAGUCACAUGUUGCCAAACUUUAAAUUGACAUACUGGGAGGCCCGAGAAGUGCUGAGUCAUGGGAAGUGAUUGAACCAGCAGCACUGGUAAUGCUGACAACUCCUCUGAAUCAGAGUUGGAAAUACAGUUGGUGGUUUGAGUAAAGAUUCAUAUUUUCAUCCAGAUGAACACAGAUCCUUACAAAGGAGUAUUAGGGCCACAUUAAGGGGAAGAAAAAAUCAGAGAUUUCGAGAUUAAAGUCAUUUUAAGUUAUAUGAGAAGAGCAGCCGCCGUCUGUACGUAAAAGAGGAACAUGGAGCAUCUUUUGAAGUCCUACUUUAGUGAAGGUUUCUCAAAUAAGGAAAUACUUCUUUUGGAACACUCAUAUUG